AUGAAGCCGGAAAGAUCGCUGUCUUGCGAUUGGCUGUCGUGCUCACUGGGGUGGGUAUGGAACCAUCCGCGAAUGAAGAAUUUCCGCAAGGUCGCCUACAACUUCAAGAUGACGCUCGUCUGCGGCUUCAUCACCUUCCUCGUCUUCCGCGGCACCUUCGGCGCCGGCAAGUUCGGCACGCCGUUUCAGGAUGCCGAGAUUCUCAACCGCGAGCUCCGGUCCUUCCAGGAGAAGGGCCUCCUCAAGUCGCGGGAGAGCCAGCUGCUCUUCCUGCAGGACAAGUUGGUGGACCGAAACUCGCCGUACCGCGUCGGGCCCAACAUCACAGACUGGGACGAGCAGCGCGCGGAGCACAUAGCCUUGAAUCCCGGGUGCAACUCCACCAAUGACGGGCGGCCACGUGUCAUGAUCGUGUCGACUUCCCAGCCGAAGCCGUGCGAGCACAGCGUGGGCGACCAUUUCCAGCUCUUGUUCCUUAAAUCGAAGCUGGACUAUGCGCGUACGCACGGCAUGGUGGUAUACCACCACAUGGUCCGGCUGGACAAGGAGAUGAACGGCAUGUGGGAGAAGCUGCCGCUGCUGCGCCGGCUCAUGCUCGCGCACCCCGAUAUAGAGUGGUUCUGGUGGAUCGACUCGGACUCCAUUAUAACGGACAUGAAGUUCGAGCUGCCGUGGCGCAAGUACAAGGAUGUGAGCAUGGUGGUGCCGGGGUGGGACGACCUCGUGUACAAGCACCGCGACUGGGUGGGCCUCAGCACCGGAAGCUUCCUCCUGCGCAACAACCAGUGGUCGCUGGAUCUGCUCGCCAAAUGGGCCGCCAUGGGCGCGAGGGGCAGAGCCAGGGAGGAGGCGGGCAGAGUGCUGACGGCGCAGCUCAAGGGCCGGCCAGAGUUUGAGGCGGACGAUCAGUCGGCGCUGGUGUGGCUGCUGGUGAGCGGGAGGGAGCGGUGGGGCAGGCACGUGCACCUGGAGAGCAAGUUCUACCUGCACGGCUACUGGGUCAACCUGGUCAACAGGUUUGAGGAGAUGAUGGAGCGGUUCCAUGCCGGCUUCGGUGACGACCGGUGGCCGUUUGUGACUCACUUCGUGGGGUGCAAGCCGUGCGGCAGCAUGGGCGAAUACGACGCUGCCAAGUGUCUCGUGCACAUGAAGCGCGCCGCUGUAUUCGCUGACAACCAGGUGAUAAAACCGUACGGAUUCACUCACCUGCACCUGAACAGCAGCGUUGUCGUUCCGCUGGUGAAUGUGACGACCCGGGCGUGGAUAGCUGAGACGCACUAUGAGAGGAAGCAGCAGCAGGUUGCUGAGAAGAGGAAGAAGCAGGCUGAGGAGAAGGAGAGGUUGGAGCAGGAGGCGAAGAGAAUGGCUGAGGAGCAGGAAAAGUGGAGGGAAGAGGAGGAGACGAGGAGGAAGGAGGAGGAGGCGUGGCGGGAGAAGGAGGACGAGAGGCAGAGGAAGAUUGAGGAGGGCAAGAGAAUCGAGGAGGCAAAGAUGGCAGCGGAGAGAGAAGCAAAGAAGAAGAAGCAGCAGGAGGGGCAGGAGCGGAAGGAGGGGAAGGCUCGGAAGGUUGCAGUGGGAGGGGCGGGACAAGGGAAGAACGGUGCAAAGGGAGCGGCUGCUGUUACUGUGAAGAAUGUGACUGUACCGAUUGGGAAGAAGGGUAUUCCGGAGAUUAUAGUGGAUGAGGAUGAGGAGGAGGAGGAGGAUGAGGAGGAGGAGAGUGUGCAGGACAGGAGGAAGAUUGGGCUGACUAAGGCUGUUAUGAGGCAGCAGCGAGCUGCUAUGGCCCGCGCUGUGGUUGCUGCUAGCGCUGAGGACGAGGAGGAACGGGAGGAGGAGGAGAGAGGGGGUGUGGAGAAGGGGGAUGAGAAGGGGAGUGAGAAGGGGAGUGGGGAGGGGAGUGAGGAGGAGAGUGAGGAGAGUGGAAGGGAGAAGGGGUUGGGGGUAGCAGGUGCUGGGAGGAAACCGGAGAAGGAUGAGGAGGGUGAGGAUGAGGAGGAGGCGGAAGAGGAGAGGUUGGACAGGGAGAGGGAGAGGAGAACGAGUGUGAAGCUUGAUGCUAGUGAUGAGACUAGUGCAGCAAAGGAGGGUAGUGAGGAGAAUGAGGAGGGAGAUGAGAAGGGACGUAGUGAGAAGGGUGUUGGUUUGAGAUCAGUGCUUGAGGAUAGGGAGGAGGCACAGGAGGGAGAUGGUGCAACAGCAGAGGAAGCAGAGAAGGUGGGAUUGAGCAAUGAGGAGGAGAGGGGUGGUUUGAGAGGUGAGGAUGAAGGAGAGGAGAGGGGAGGUGAGGAGGUUGAUGAUGUGGAGUGA